AUACAUAGUAAUAACAAGUCUUCCUAAAAUAUCCUAUUGGAUGAUUCACACAUUCUGACAAAUUUAUUUUUGUGUCAGCUUAGUCCACAAACAGCCUCAACCCUGCAAAUUCCCUUAAAUUAUCUUACAGGUGUAAGAUGUAAGAUACUAAAUGCACCAUAAAUGGUGAAUCAAGAAAGUCAAAUCUUAAAAAAAUUCUCAUUUUGAAGAAACACAAUAAUAAAGACUCAGUCUUUGAGUUUUCUUGCUUUUUAUCAAACACUUUUCUGUUUGAUAAAAAUACAAUCUUUUUUGUUCUUGAUGAUUAAUGGAGUUGAUACCUUACUCAGACCCAAAAUCUGAAUCAAUUAGUGUUAAUCCACCUUGGGAAGAUAUGUUUAGAUCAGCUUCAAUGAGAAAACCAGAAGAACCAAAACUCCAAAAUCAAAAACCAUCAGAGAAUCAGUCAAAAAAACCUGAAAAGGGGGAUGACCCGGUUGACCCGGAUCCGAAUUCAAUGUCUGGUGACCCUCAGGUAAGGUUAGCCCUUUAUAUAGCUAUGGCUCAUGCUGGUUUAGUACUUACAAUUUUCAUUAUUUAUGGAGUUGGUAAAUUGCUUGAAGAGUAUUUAAGAGCUAUGUUAUGGGCUGUACUUUGUUCAAUUCCUUUAAGGGGAAUUCAACAAACUCUUGUUGCAUUUUGGUCUGAACCUUUGAAGUUAGGCCUUACUGAGACCAUUUUAGCUGUUCCUGUUGCUGUUUUUAGUGUUUUCUUGGGGACCCUUGUUGACAUUAAAGAUAGAAUUUUUAGGAUUGUUCUUAGGAGGCCUAAAGCAAAUGCUUCGUCGAGGCGUCAUACGAGUGGAUUUUUCGUGUUGUUGAAGUGGCUUGUGUCUUUUUGGGUGUUUGUGAUGGCUUAUGAGCAAAUUGGUGGGAUGGGAUCAGUGGCUCUACUUGCAUUGGGAUUUUUGUUUACUGCGAAUAGUGUGGAUUCAACUAUGAAUGCGGUAAAGUCUUUUAGAAGUCGUAGUUUUAGUAGGUUCGCUGUAACAGCUUUCUUUACUAGAAAGAUAUUGAAACAAUUGAAGACGAUUGUGGCGAUUGGGUUGAUUGUUGGGUUGAGCGUGGGGUCCUUGGCGGGUAUGAUUUUCUUCUCGUAUAAGAUUGGCAUGGAGGGGAAAGAUGCGGUUAUCGCGUUGAAAUCCCAUGUAGAGGAGAGUAAUUAUGCUGAGAAAAUCGGGGUUAAGCAGUGGAUGGAUGAAAAUGAUGUCCCCGAGAUGGUUGAUAAGUAUAGCUCUCAAAUGUAUGAGACAGUAUUUGCUCAGAUAGAUAGUUAUGCUAUGCAAUAUAACAUGACGGAGUUUGUUUCUGGAAUAAAACAUUUCGUAAUAGUCCCUUCGAAUAACUCGUUUAAUCACUCCACGGCUUUGGCCUCUCCCUCUCCGUAUGCAGAGAAACUCUUAAGCCUAAAAAAGAGGGUUAAGGAUCGCGAAUGGGCGCAAAUAUAUACGGAAGUGGAUUCAAUGUUCAGGGAAUUAUUGAUCACCAGAGAGGAUUUGGUUGAGAAGGCGAAAGGGUUCGCUCUUCAAGGAGUAAACGUAAUGCAACGGGUACUUGUCAGUAGCACAUCCGUCUUAGGUGGAAGCAUGAAAGUCAUGUUCUUAAUUGGGAAUUCCAUAGUAUCGGGUGCUGCUGGUAUUUUUAAUUUUGUAUCUCAACUAAUGGUAUUUAUAUGGGUACUUUAUUAUCUCAUCACAUCAGAUUCUGGUGGAGUAACCGAACAAGUGAUUUCCAUGCUGCCUAUGUCGAAUUCUGCAAGGAGGCGAAGUGUUGAGGUUCUUGACAAAGCUAUUUCUGGGGUUCUUUUAGCAACUGCUGAGAUUGCACUCUUUCAAGGAUGCUUAACUUGGCUUUUGUUCAGAUUAUUCUCCAUACAUUUUUUGUACAUGUCGACAAUCCUCGCAUUUCUUAGUCCUUUGUUGCCUAUUUUCCCAUCACUGGUUUCGACUAUUCCAGCUGCUUUACAGUUGGUGCUUGAAGGUCGAUAUGUAUUGGCCAUCACCUUAUCCAUUAUACAUCUUGUGCUUAUGGACUAUGGUACUUCUGAAAUUAUGGAGGAUAUCCCUGGCUAUAACGCGUAUCUCACUGGUCUCAGCAUUAUUGGAGGAAUGGCUUUGUUUCCUUCAGCAGUUGAGGGAGCAAUAAUGGGGCCACUUAUAACUACCGUUGUGAUCGCAAUUAAAGAUUUGUAUGUUGAGUUUGUAUUGGAAGAACAGAAGGAAUAAGUAGCACAAAUCUGUGUUUGCAAUGCCUGAACCUUUGAAGAGAAUGAGAAGAGUGCAGGCCACUUUGCUUGUUGGAAAAGCAUUGCAAUAUAAAGUGAAUUUAUUUCCAGCCAGUCAACUGUUGUCUGUAUUUCACAUGUGAUAGGCUUUUAUCAUCCAUGUUCUCCACAAAUUGAGUUGAGGGUUUUGUAUUCUUUUAUCUGAAAUCUGUUGAUAGCGUGCAGAAGUUGCUAGUUCCGUAAAUUAUUAAAUUGUAUACAGUUGUGUAUUGUAUCCUCUUUGUAAAACUUUGAUCUUUUGAAGAGAAUUAGAAUUGUUGUUUUUGGUGUA